UUUCUCUUUGGUUUUUCAUUAGAAGGACAGCACAAUGGGUCGCCGUCCAGCUAGAUGUUACCGGUACUGUAAGAACAAGCCAUAUCCGAAAUCUCGGUUCUGUCGAGGUGUCCCUGAUCCGAAAAUCCGAAUCUAUGACCUUGGUCGUAAGAAAGCCAAUGUUGAUGAUUUUCCUCUGUGUAUUCACAUGGUCUCAGAUGAGUAUGAACAACUCUCGGGAGAGGCUUUGGAAGCCGCUCGUAUCUGUGCAAACAAAUACAUGGUGAAGAAUGUUGGCAAGGAUUCAUUUCAUAUCAGAAUUCGACUCCAUCCAUUCCAUGUGCUGCGAAUCAACAAAAUGUUGUCGUGCGCGGGAGCUGAUAGGCUCCAGACUGGUAUGAGAGGUGCUUUUGGCAAGCCUCUGGGAACUGUUGCUCGUGUCAAUAUUGGUCAAACUAUUUUGUCAAUUCGAUCAAAGCCCCAACACAAAGCAGCGUGUAUUGAAGCAUUCAGACGGGCUAAAAUGAAGUUCCCUGGUCGUCAAAAAAUAUUUGUGUCAAAGAAAUGGGGUUUCACGAAAUUUGAUAAAGAAGUGUACGAGAAAGGUCGUGCGGAUGGUUCAAUCAUUCCUGCUGGUGUUCAUGCUCAGUAUCAUCCAAGCCAUGGCCCUCUCGCAGCCUGGAAAAAAAGAGUCGCUGCAUGAUUGUCAUCUUUCUUGAAUGCAAAAUAAAAUAUUUGAAAUCUGA